GUUGAGAGAGACCACCGAUGAAGCAGUGGACUUCGUCCCUUCUCAUCACAAAGGUGUAUCUUCUGUUUCUUUCGUUUCCCUCGUGUUCCACUGCCCAUCUAAGGAGGAACUAACAAAGAUUCGACAAGAUGAUACACCAGAUCCUGUUGAUGACGAUGGUGGCGAGGGUAGCUUACGCUUGGCCAAUCACACCACUUGACGGAUACAGCCGAACGGAAAUUAAAGACGUGUCCUUGAAAUGUGGAGACUCCUUAGACUACCCGGAGAGAACAUUCACCAAGCUAAACAUCACAUUUGAAAGCGACGGCGCUAUUCCUGCAGGGUGCUCAAUCAAGAUGCGCAUUAAUCUCAGGGACGAAGCCACAAUGAAUUUCGGCAUCGGGGUGUCCGGUUACGUCGACAUCCAGGAUUCCAGCAAUGGGGAGGACUGUGCCUCUACGUAUCUGUCGGUGGCUGACGAAGAUGUUCUCGACGACGAACUCGGAUCUUUGGAAAAGUACUGCGGGAACGUUUCAUUUGAUUUUCACACAACUGAAGACAUUUUGGUUCUGGAGCUGUUUGUUGGUCAGAGUGGAGCAUCAGGCAGCGGGUUCCAGAUUUUAGUAGAACCUCACUACCUGUGUGGUGGAGAGAUUACUCUAGAUGAAUAUAUCACGUCGCCUGAUUAUCCAGAGUCAUACCCAAGAGGCAUCAACUGCUUCUGGCUAGUGCGAGGAUCUGAAGACAAAGAAAUAUCUAUAAAUUGUCAUGAAUUCGAUCUGAAACCGCCAAGAAGGGGCAGAUGUAUUGACAGUCUACAUAUAAUGGGAGGAACAGUGAACAACAUUUCCUGUGGCAAAUCACUUCUAAAUGAACCCAUCAAGAUCAAUAGCAACCUUGCUUUUGUUGACUUCAGGUCAAAUGAGCGUCAGAAUGGAUAUCUUGGAAUGAACUGCAGCAUCAAGUUUACACCAAAGACUAAAGAUCUCCUUCUUGCCAAAUUUUUCAAGUAGAUAAACUACCCAGUGACUCAUCUUUUCCUCCUGUUUUUGCCCAAAAAAAACCCUUCUCUCAAAACCGCUUUGUUUAGAGGAACACUAAAAUGCAAGGCUAAAAACCAGAUGUUACCAUUAAAUUCUGAUAUGCUGCUUAGCUGAAAGACCAAACUCGAUGUGUCCUGAAAUAUUGUACAUUCAAAAUAUUGAAAUAAUUAAGAUUACAACAUUCAUACAAUUCAAUAAUACUAAACUGAUUAAAAAUUAUAAUCUUAAUAUGUAAUGCAGCACGAGAAAACUAUUUUCAAGUUUGAAUAAUUUAAUUAACUAAGUUACUGAUAUAUUAAGCACAACAUGGAAAAUAAUGGAUUAUAAUAUAAUGGACUACAUCUCUUUUAUCUCAGAAAUGAAGAAAGUAUAUUUUUACUGUACAGCACACAUAAGGAUGAAAGAAAUUAAAAAUCCCGAAAAAUAACAUAACCAGAAAUAUCUUUCCCAACACAAUUCUUUAAACUAGACCAAUACUGAUAGAUUUUUUUUUUUUUUUUGCUAUACAUACACUCUAUACCCUUUGAUAAAGUGGUGUCACUAACUAAAAAUUUUGUCUUUCAACAGUCAUUGCAAAUUACCCUAACCUUGUUCCUUAACCUUUUUGUUGCACUAUUUAUGAUAUCAAAAGAUUACAACCUACAAGUUAUGUUCUAAUCAUUUGGUAGGUAUUAAAGAAACAGGCUCACAAAAGAAAGUCAAACCUUCUAACCUUACAAUUCAGUUUAAAUGAUAAUUUGUACCCCAAAAGAAAUUAAAUUCAAUCAUUUUAACUUUAUAGUUUUGGCAGUAUAGUAACCUUAAUUUAAAGUAUCUGUAGUUUACAUUGCAUAGCUAAACUGUCAUGCAUUUUCUUAACUAUCCCCACCUACAAGAAUAUAUAUAUAAGGUUUUACAUAUCAUGAUGUGUCUAUUAAACCAAUAGGAUAAUGCACUCAACCAGUAAUCCACAGAAAAGGCAAAUUUUGAAACUAUUCUAUACUGGUUACCUCUCUGCAUCAGUGCUUUAUGAUUCUGGCUUCAGUCUUUCUUUUUAAGGAAGACAGUCCUUAACAGAUUUCAAGGAAAAUAAAGGUAUUUGCAUACUGUAUAUAUAUAACUAAUCUAAUCUGUUAACUGUACUGAGUAACAUUGGAAAUCACAAAAAAUAUCAUAGUCAUCUGACAGUAUCAUGACCUAAAGUUCUAAAACUUAGUCCUGUACUCAAUUAUUCUUAGUUAGAUAAAAAUAAUAUCUUGUGACACCCUGUUGAAUUUGGCAAUAUAAAUUGACAUCAACUACAAAUGUCUCAUUGUGUCAAAAAGGGAAAAAAAUAAUACUUGGAAAAACUCUCCAAGAUAAAAUAAUUACUUCCUUCCUCUUAUGAAAUUAAAUAUAGAAACUUUUGAUAAAAUUAGAGAGGGAAUGGAAGUACUGUACUCCCCUCUUGCUAGUAUCACUUGGAUUCCUUCAUAAAGUAAACCCUUACACAAUUUUUUUGGAUCUGAAGAAAGAUGACAUUCAAUAAAGCAAAGACUCUUGAAGCACGGUCAUGCUAUUACUGGUAUGGCAUACACUCAAAUUUCAAAAUAUGGCAAAGGCCAAAAAUUUACCAACACUUUCACAGGAAUUUUUUGCCAUUACCUUCACUCCUAUGGUAACUAUAUUUGUAAACCAUAUUUAUUAGAAAAAAUCGCUAUCAAACUGUUAUGAAUAUUAUUCAUUAAAACUACAAGUUUGACAAAUAAAGUGUAUAUGCACAAUGAUUCACAAAAAGUUAAAAGAAAUCCCUUAAUUCAGACCAUUAAAAGAUGAGAUGCCUCAGUGGCAUUUUUUAAAUACUAUACACUAAAUUCUUAAACUUGUGGUUUUACUGUAAAUCAUAUUUGUAUGCUUAUCUAUUCAUUUUAGACAAAAUGAAUAAAACAUACUGCUCAUUCA